UUGUCUUUAUUUUUUGUUUGUUUUUUUUCGGUGGUUUCAAGUGAAAGUGAGGCAGGCCAACAACUGCUCUGCUCUUGACCACAAAAAACGAGAAUCGUGUCCAGGCGAUUUGUGGACAAUUUUAAAAGAUGUGCGUACAGCGACCGCUGUCUCUGCUGCUGCUGGCGCUGUUCCUAGCAGCGACUGCAACGCAGGCGGCCAUUGACAAGGACGACAAGUCUAUAUUGCGUCAGAAUCUCACUGCAUAUGAGCAGCACAAUGUCAUUAAUUUAAGUCUCCACACGACCAUCGAUGCCAGCCAUGUUGACCAACCCGACCAUGUGGACACCACUACCACAACCAUCACCACCACCACGACCACGACCACAUCUCCCACUGCCACUGCCUCUGUCUAUAAUCUGACGCAAACGCAGCGCCUGCGCGACUCUCUCAAUGUGUUCGACCUGACCCUGCUGGGCGCCCAGUGGCCGCAGUUGGAGGCCACCUCCAUGCUCUCCGUUAACUGCACGCAGGAUAUGCGCAGCUACUUGCGUGGUCUCAGCGAUUCCAGCAUGUGGGCUGUCAAGAUGGACGAUGCUUCCGGUCACUAUACAUCCGGUUUCUUCUAUGGCAAUAAUUACUGGAUGGGUUCGUUGGCCCUUUGCGAUGCCAUUUAUCAUGUGGAUGCGGAGGGAGGGGAUGGCACCACUGCUCCCAACAAGGACAACAACACGUCGGGCCAACAAACGAACAACAGCAACAAGAACAGCGGUCUGCCAUUCGCCGCUGCACACGCACAAACCUACAACAGCGUCUACAAUGCACCGCCACCCUUCAUGCCCGGCUUCUACGUAGUCAAGAUGCAGCUCAACGAGACGCAUCCAACGAGCGUGGUUCGCACCAUUUAUGUGGGAAUUUGUCUCCCCGCCAGCUGCAGCAUUCGCGACGUGCACUCUCUGAGCGCCUAUGCGCGUCUCAAGCUGCCCACGAGAGAGCUGAAGGUGCUGGACAUACGAGUGCCGACGGACAAGGAGUUCAACAUAUGGUCGGACAAGACCUUCUGGCUGCUUAUAAUUGUGUCAUGCAUUGUGCUGGCACUGAUCUGCUGCGGCACCCUGUACGAGAUCUAUCUGACCCGUCGCCUGCAGGAGGCACUACGUGAACAGGACAAGGAGAUGAUGAACAAUAGCGAGACCUCUUCGGGCAUUGGCUGCGCCUCGUCCGACUAUAGCGAUACGAUGACCGCCCACGACGAUUCCACGCUGAAGCAAUCCUCACAAUCAUCCUCUCUGAAGCAGUUGAAUCAAUUGAACCAGUUGGUCCUCAAUUUGCCGCCACCCCUCACAGGUGUGGACAGUGCAGAGGAGCAUCACCAUCAUCAUCAUCACCAUGUCCACCAUCAUGUGCACAGCAACAAUAACAAUUCGGAUGAGCAUCUGGAGGGGCAUUUGCACGAACCGGAGAAGUUGAGCAUCUAUGCGGAGCUAUUGCUCUCCUUCUCGGCUAUAACGAACUUCAAUGCGAUCUGUGACCGAAAUGUGGGUGCAGAUACGAUACCCUGCAUACACGGACUACGCGCCUUCAGCAUGGCCUGGGUGAUCCUGGGGCACACAUGUAUUGUGGUCUUUAAGUACUCGGACAACAUGGAGAUGCGAAAGGAGGUGGAGCAGAAUUUCUUCUUUCAGGCCAUCACCAAUGGACCGUUCAGUGUGGACACGUUCUUCUUCAUCAGCGGCUUCCUCAUAUCGUAUUUGUACUUCCGCACCAAUGCCAAGGGUAAACUCAAUAAGCUGACCAAGGGCACCAACGAGUUUACGGCGGGCACAGCGCAUUUCUUUGGUCUGGUCGCCUAUCGUUUUAUGCGUUUAACGGCCCCCUAUCUCUUCGUCCUGGGCGUGGUGCAGGUGACAAUGAAGUAUUUGGCUGCAUAUUCCAUAUUCGACCCGCCCACCAUGGACCACAUCACAUGCCCAGACUACUGGUGGCGCAACAUACUCUACAUAAAUACGCUAUUUCCCGUAGACGAGAUGUGCAUGCUCUGGAGUUGGUAUUUGGCCAAUGAUACACAAUUCUAUAUGAUCGGUGCGAUAAUAUUGAUUGUGGGUGUGCGCCACUUCAAACUAUCGGCGAUAACAACGGUCGUAUUCCUGGUUCUCUCAUGGAUAACCACAGCGGUAAUUGCGUUCACAAACAAUCAUCGACCGAACACAGACGACCCCCUGGCCCUCUUCGAUAAGAUCUACGACAAGCCCUGGACACGACUGGGGCCCUACCUCAUUGGCAUGGCCGUGGGCUGGAUUCUAUUCCGCACCAAUUGCAAAAUACGUUUGCCGAAGCUGACGGUCGCCACUGCCUGGACUCUGGCCAUGCUCAAUCUGUUUGUCCUGGUCUUCGGACUAUAUCGCGCCGAUCUGUCACAGUUCACGGCAGCCGCCUAUAGCUCUCUGAGCCAUUCGGCCUGGGCGCUAUCUCUGGCCUGGAUCACGAUCGCCUGCUCGACGGGCUAUGGCGGUUAUAUUAAUUCGCUGCUGUCGGCGCCCUUCCUCUAUCCAUUCUCGCGGGUGACCUACUGCGCCUAUCUGGUGCAUCCGAUUGUCAUUCGAUCCAUGGCACUAAAUUCAGAUGCCCCUCUACAUUUGGGCGGCGAUUUGAUGGUCGUGAUGUUCUUUGGCUUGACCGUCGCCUCAUAUUUCCUCUCAUUUGUCGUCUCGAUGUCCUUCGAGGCGCCCGUUGUAACAAUGCUGAAAAUCUUGUCACCUAGUCGAAAAAAGCGUCUCGCCUGAGCCAAUACUAACUAACAUCAGUGUUUAUUUAUGCGUUACUACAUAUAUAUAUAUAUACCUAAACCAUACAUACAUACAUACAUUCACACACGCCUUAUUCAUUCAGCUAUCCUUUCUGUUACUUCAUCGUACUUUCAAGAAUGCAAUGCCCACAUAUUUAUAGCAUCGUUCAUAAC